CUCAAAGGGGCGAAAAAAUAAAAAAAUAUAAAAAAUAAGAGGCAGCUCCACCACUACUCCGGUAAUCAGGCCACCGUCUACCUUCGAUAGGCAGCCGCAAACCCUCGGCCGGGCAUGGCGAAAUUGGUGUCACGGAAAAAUCUCUAAAGAGAAAAAUUUGAGAAGUGAACGGCGUGGUUUCCCUAUGGAGAACAAGAGAGCUACCAAGUCACAGGAAGAGCAGUGGAUGAUUCAAAAUCAAGUCUUUCGGAUUUACGAUAUUGUCCACCAGCUUCCUCCUCAUGCUCAAGCCGUCAACUUUGAGCUUCGACGAGACAACCACAUUGAAUACCUCACCAAAAGUCUCAAACAACUCGGCCCAAGUUUUGCUGUUCUGGAUGCUAAUCGACCUUGGCUCUGCUAUUGGAUCAUGCACUCUAUUGCUUUAUUGGGGGACUGUGUUGAUGACAAACUGGAAAAUGAUAUAAUUGGGUUUCUUCAACGGUGCCAGGAUCAAAAUGGUGGUUAUGGCGGUGGACCAGGCCAGAUGCCUCAUUUGGCGACAACUUAUGCUGCGAUCAAUACACUGUUAACUGUAGGUGGUCAUAAAUCACUGUCAUCGAUAAAUAGAGGGAAGCUUUAUGAAUUUUUGUUGCGAAUGAAAGACUCAAGUGGUGGCUUCAGGAUGCAUGAUGGUGGAGAAAUAGAUGUCCGUGCUUGCUACACUGCUAUAUCUAAAAUCCAAAUCUUUAUGUGCAAAACUGCAUGUUCUCUGAUUCCAAUAAUGAAGGUGGCUAGUGUUCUUAGCAUUUUGGAUGAUAAGCUGAUUCAGGGUGUUGGGGAUUACAUCGUAAGUUGCCAGACUUAUGAAGGUGGAAUUUCUGGUGAGCCGGGUUCAGAAGCUCAUGGUGGGUAUACAUUUUGUGGUUUGGCUGCUAUGGUUCUAAUCAAUGAGGCGAACCGUUUGUACUUGCCUGGACUAAUAGUNUCGAAUUGGGUGGUAUUCAAACAAGGCAUUGAGUGUGGAUUCCAAGGCAGAUCAAAUAAGUUGGUUGAUGGCUGCUACUCCUUUUGGCAGGGAGGGGUGGCCGCAAUAAUUCAGCGACUUCAUUUGAUUGUCAGUCAACAACUGGGCCUACCGAAUACCUUUAAAUUUGACCACACAACAGAAAGUGAUGACGAUUCUUCAAAUUCUGAUGGAGAACGAACUUUUGAGGGAGCCUCUUCCCAAUUAGAAGAGGUCUCUCAAUCCACGCCAGAAGGGAAACCUAAUUCUUCAUGCUUAAGGAUGAAAAGUACCGGCUACGAAUUUAUCAAAGGGCCAAUAGGAAUGAAACCUGUUUUCAACAGCAUGGCCUUGCAACAAUACAUCCUUCUUUGCACACAGGAGGAGGCAGGUUUUAGAGAUAAGCCGGGAAAGCGCCGAGACCAUUACCAUACAUGUUAUGUUUUAAGCGGGCUGUCUAUCUGCCAGUAUAGCAACGUAAGAGACAUAGAAUCUCCCCCUUUGCCGAAGGAUAUAGUGGGCCCUUACUCAAAUUUGCUCGAGCCUGUCCAUCCUUUGUAUAACAUAGUUUUAGAUAAAUAUUUCGAAGCGUACGAUUUUUUCGCAAGGUAGUAGACAGUAGUAACAUGUGAUUUUCUAUGUGAACUAAUAAGGUGUAGUGUAGUAAGGUGCAUGUGCGCUGCACAUGAACUGCAUCGUUUUUUACUAAAUUUACAUAAAAUGAUUAUUCCCUACACUUUUUUCUUUCAAUUAUAUUAUAUUUUUCAAGUCAUACC